CGUAUACGCAUUGCGUAAUUUAUUUUUCUUGUGUAAUGCAUGAGGCUUCCACACCGUGAAACCUCCAGUGGAAUCAUCUUUUCGAAUAAAUGGCGGCUGCUCAAGUUCACAGGAUGAAGAUGUUAAGUUUGUACAGGGAGAUGCUACGGGAAGCUCAGAAGUUUACUGGAUAUAAUUACAGGAUGUAUGCGGUGAGGAGAAUACAAGAUGCUUUUCGAGAAAACAAAUCAGAAACAAAUCCAGAGCUUAUCGAGGGAUACAUCAAGAAGGCACAGGAUAAUUUGCCCAUAAUCAGAAGACAGGCCACCAUUAGCCAACUGUACACGGAACCGAAGCUGGUUAUUGAAAGCGAUACUGCGAAGAAAAGCUAGCCAAAAGAAGUCUAGUCAUGUGAACAGUUUCCUAUGCAAUAACGGCAGAGAUGGAAGUGACAAUCAGUGAGGAUUUAGGGGUGAUUGUGAUGGACUCUCAUAGGUGAACUGUUUCUUUUGGACUAGGAAUUUAGUCUGAAUUCCCCUUAAGCCGAGGAGGAGGAGGAUACUCAACGGAAGUUUAAAUGCAUCUCUGGAACUCUGGAGGAGAGGAAUGAGAGGAACAUUGCAAGAAUUUAAAGUCUGAUGUGUGCAUGUUGGUAAGGUCAUGUGUAUUUACAUGUACAUGUAUCAUGUGCAUAUUCUAUCACAUACAUUUAUCAGUUGAGGUUUUGUUUCUUGGUUUGUUGGUUUAGAUAAAAAUUGGUAUGUAACAGGCACCAAGGAACAAAUUCAUAAUUUCUGACAUCAUUUUCUUAACAAAUAUAUGUUUAACAAGUGUAGUUUAAUGGUCAAUACCAUGUAUUCUUUGACAGAAUUGUUGAUGCUAAGCCCUGCUUACUUGUUACUUUCCUUUCCAGGCAAAGCCUACUGGUAGACAGAAGCACUGAAAUUUCACUUACGAAAUAACGUUGACAGUAUGGAUUGACUAUUAAGCAAUCAAUAAUACAUGUAUAUCUUUUAAUGAAAUGACAUUAGUUUUCAACUAGGUAUCAUUUCAGGAAGACAUUGAUGAAGGAAAAGCUAACGUCAAAGAAAGUUCCGUAGAGUCGUUGAGCACAAAAUGAAGGUCGAUGAUUUUCAAAAUUUUGUAUAAUCCAUCGCUCUAUUCUGCAUGUCUAUGUACAUAGGAUAUACAGCUGGGAGCCAGAAGGGCAUUUAGUGUUUGUUAUACUAGACUUUGGUGUGUGUUAAUGCCUUUCUGGCUAUGGACAAGUGAUAUAUUAUGAGGGCAAAGGAUAAUUAAUGGUUUGAUUUCGAUGCAUUACAGGGUUUAUCGAGACAGUAUGCUGUGUGUCUGGCAAAAGGGGAGUGAACACAAAUUUGGACAGAAUGUUUACAUUUUGUAAUUAUCUAGUGAAUGGUGAAAUAAAUAGGAGAAAUGGAAGAAAAGGCUAAACAUUUAAAAAGCAUGACUUUAAAUGUUGUACGAACCCUUCUGCCAGGCACUCAGCAAUUGUCAUAUCUAUUACAUGAUUUCAGGGAUUUUGCCAUUCAUUGUUAAUGAAAAUAGUUAAUGAAAAAGAUACAGUAGAAGAUUGUUUAAUUUACAUUGAAGACGUAUGUUUACUGUGUGCUUGUGAACCAUAAUAAACUACAUGUACAGGUAGUCAUAAACAUGUGCGGACAAUAACUAUGGGAUGAAUUACGUGCAAGAAAUUGAUUUGUAUUAUCAGCAUGAAUUAUUUUAAUCUCUUCUAGAGGAAGGAAAACCAAUAUGGUUUUCUUCUUUGUGCUGUAAAGUUGUACCAAGAAUACUCGGCCACUGCAAUGAAGCGCACAACAGUUUCCCUCUUUCUAAAGUUGAGGUAUAAAUAACACUGCUUUUGUGAUCAUCAAUCGUAGAGUCUUCUGAAAGAAACCUGACAUAUCAGGCACGAAACUGACUUUUUAAAAGCUUUUGA